AUGAUCCCCUGGCGUCCAACUUCGCGUCUGAUUCCAUUUGUCCCAGAGAAGAGGGCUGGGACUAUUGGAAUUCAAUUCCCACAAGCUUUUGAGACAUCCAAGUUCGACAUUCCAGUGCCGAAUGGGCAUGUGGUCACGAAUCCAGAAGAAGCCCAGACGGUGGUGUCUACCAUUCAUGCACCGUCGGUAAUCAAAGCCCAGGUUCUAGCAGGCGGCCGAGGGAAAGGAAAGUACAACAGCGAUGGCAAAGGAGGAGUGCGCAUAGUCAAUACACCCAGCGAGGCAUAUGAUAGUGCCAGUAAAAUGCUCGGAUAUUACCUGACGACAAAGCAAACUCCACCAGAGGGCCUUCUAGUGAAAAAGCUCUACAUCUACAAAGCAGUGGACGUCGCUCAAGAACUGUACGUCGCGUUGACAUUCGAUCGCGAUCGCGGCAUGCCUGUACUCCUCAUAUCCGAUGAGGGCGGAGUCAACAUCGAGUCCAAUGUCGGCAAUCUCCAGAAAUUCUGGUUCCACAUGCCACACGGUAUCGGCCCAGAGAUAAUCGCCUAUAUCCAAGCGCAGCUGGGAUUCUCGGAUUCCGAAAUGGCCACCAUGUCGCAUAUUAUCCAUCAGAUGGUUGAGCUUUUCGAGGAAAAGGAUGCCACGCUGUUGGAGCUAAAUCCCCUUGUGCGAACACCUGAGGGUGAUUUUGUUUGUCUCGAUGCGAAGUUUACUUUUGACAACUCGGCGCGAUUCCGACAACAUGGUCUUUUUGGCUUGGAGGAACGGUCCCCGGAGGAGGACUUGGAGUUUGAGGCUUCACAACUGGGCCUUUCGUACGUUAGGCUCGAUGGUUACAUUGGUAACAUUGUUAAUGGUGCUGGGCUCGCUAUGGCGACUAAUGAUUUGAUUGAUUUGUGUGGUGGCAAGUGUGCUAAUUUCCUCGAUGUCGGUGGGGGAGCCACAAAGGAGACUCUGUCAAAGGCUUUUGAGAUUUUGAACAAUGACUCAAGGAUAAAGGGAAUCUUGGUUAACAUAUAUGGUGGCAUCGUCCGAUGCGACAUGAUUGCCGAGUCUAUAAUUGCCGCGGCGGAGGAAAGGGGUGGAUUCAAGGUGCCGGUCGUCGUGCGCUUACAAGGCACUAAUUCUGAUAAGGGUCUCAACUUGGUGAGUGCUGCCCGGGAUUCCUAUACCUGCAUUGCUGAAAUACCCAAGAUUGAAAACUCCAACACGGGGAAUCUCACGGUGGAACCCGAUUUCGAGGCCGCUGCUCAAACGAUUAUUCAGCUCACUGGCAAGUCUGAGUAG